AUGGCAACUGCACAGAGAAACAAUAGGUCGGCUGGGUUGAGGAUUGAGACUUCCUUCCAUCAUGCAUCGCGAAUUCGCUGGCGCGAUGGCGAGGGAGCGGGAAACAGGGCGGGGGCUGAUGUUCGAGCUGGUAACGAGGGCGACCGUACCAACAUCUCUCAAGAUUAUCACGCACCCCGUUGCGGUACUGAUGAGGAAAGCAGUGUUCUGAGCAGCCUUCACUCUUCGACUCCUCCAAUCUCAGUUCCGCGCCAUGAUGAUCAUUCGAGACAAGAUGCCGAUAUUCCUCAUAAGCCGGAUGACAUGAGUUGCUCCCCUUUUGGCUCUUUUCUCCAAGAUGAUAAACCGUCUAUCAACUUUGAGCCCGCGAUCACCGUUACACCGAGCAAACAGCGAUCCUUAGAACGACAGCUGUCGCAGAGCGAGAAAUUGAACCAUACGUAUAGGUUCCUCCCCCCAAAAACAUCUAGCCUCCGGAAUAUGUUACCGCGCGAUGAGGAGGAGGUAACACACGGUAUCAGCCAGUUGGGCUUCAGCUCCAGUGCGCGAAGAUACCGUAUCCAGCGGGGUGUUCCCAGCGGGUAUUCACAAGACGGUCACCCUACGAGCCCGAACGGAGCUAUUGACCACCCUACCUCCCUUACGUCCGUCUCGACCGUCUCCCCAGGGGACGAAAUUCAAACCCCACCGUCUCGCGGCAUGCUUUCGCCCAUCUGUGUGGCCUCGCCAGAACAAGUAUACGAAUCGCCUGAUGACCGCAGCUCGUGGUCCGGCACCUCUGCUACGCCGUUUGGUAGCAAACCAGGGCGCUAUCGCUCCCUACGCGGUCGCUCCCGGCGAUCGACUGCCUCUAGCGGAAAGUCUCCGGCAAGUAUGUUUCUCUCCAUGUGGAAUACUACUCGCGAGGAGGCAGUGCCGAAUCCCGAUGAUGAGGGCCAAAUGGUUGGGACCGACUACGUUCUUGGGAAAGUUAUUGGUUCCGGGGGAUUCAGUGUUGUCAAGGAGGCUUUCAAAAUUGUGGAAGGUGGCGUGCCUAGACAACUGGCCGUAAAGAUUGUCAAGAAGCAAGUCCCUGACAAAUCCGAGACGGAGAAUGAUGCGGUUCAGGCCGAGUUCGACCACGAAGUCCGUGUUUGGCGGUAUCUCAGCCAUCCAAAUGUGCUGUCGCUCGAUGCAGUCUAUGAAACCGAUUAUGCCACAUUUUGUUUCACAAAAUUUGCCAUAGGUGGAACACUUUUUGACCUGAUCCGUCAAAACCGUCAAGGAAUCGGACUUCAGCUUGCCAAAAAAUACACUUAUCAACUUGCCUGCGCUCUGCGCUACCUACACGAAGAUGCGCGAGUGGUGCACAGGGAUAUCAAGCUGGAGAAUUGCCUUUUAGACCCUGUUAAAAUGCCGGAUGGCACAGAAGCAUCAAAUCUCAUACUUUGCGACUUUGGAAUGGCAGAGUGGAUUAGUGGAGAUAAUGAAGAUGCUUCUUCAAAUCCGUAUGAAGAUGCAGGAGACCGUCCGCCACCUAGAAGCAUUGGGCCCUCCGAUUCCAGCACCAGCAUCGCAGGGAGUCUGGAGUAUGCAUCUCCAGAACUUCUCAACUCUAAGGCUGGGAUAAUUGAUCCUUCGGUUGAUAUCUGGGCAUUUGGGGUCAUCGUGUAUACCGUCAUAGUUGGAUCGCGCCCAUUCCAGGACCCCUUCCAACCCCGUUUGAUAUCGAACAUUCGCGGCGGCCAUUGGAACCGGAACGCCAUACUAGGUGGACAACUCGAGUGCGAUGCCCGUCGUGAUGCGCUCGAACUCGUCACAGGAUGCCUGGAAAUGGACUAUCGCAAGCGCUGGACCGUUCGCGAUGUCUUGUCUUCCCGGUGGCUACGGGAGUUUGCCGAAAACGACAACAGUCCAUCGGAGUCUGUUUGGAAGCUAUAG